AUGCAUUCCGAGGUCCUGUGUAUCUAUGACUUUGUGUCGGAUGUGUGGGCGGCGCAAGCCAAUGCCCAUUCCGACAAGAAACCUCUUCACAUUCUCGGCUACUUGGGCGCUGCCCUGUUGAUGGUUUCCUUCGUGGUAAACAUGAUCAUUAUCAGACGAGUCACUCUAGUUAAUCGUGAAGAGCUCUUCAAAGGAAUCAACAAAAUGGCGCCUUUGCAGUACUACAUAUUCCGUAUUCUUGCCUGCAGCAACCCAGAGGUAAUGUGCAGCUUGCUCAUCAUGACAGCAGACGCAAAUCGGCCGAGACAGCUUCAGGAAAUCCAAGUUGCUAUCCGCGAGAUCAAAGAGUAUGGUUUGGUGUCUCAGACAUUCGAGGACAUUCCACAGUUGUUGGUGCAAGCCUACUCGGUGAUCCUCUGUGUUUACCGUGGAUGGAAGGUUCCUGUGCCGGUCUUGGCAUCGAUCUGCAUGUCUUUGGCAAUGGUGCUUGUCAAGCUGUUGGGGAACUGCUUCGUGCCGGUGGCGGCCAUUGGUGUAACAGCGAGCAAUGCAAGUCUGUCUCAGCUGGCAGAGGAUCAAAAUCGCCGUAUCGUCGGACCAGAUGCACUGUCAGCCAUGCGCAUCUCGAUCCAGGUGGCUUUGCUGUUGGGGAACAUUGUGUUUCUCUAUGAGUCUGGCCCGAUCCCCUUGCCGAUGCAUCUUCCUGCUGGCCAGCUCAUAGGAGUCAUAGCCAUCAUCUCGUCCUACAGUCUGUCAUUUCUUUUCAACAUCUUGUUGGUGCACAGGCUGCGAGACAAGCUUUGGCAUGCAUUGCUACAUGUAGAGCUGGCAGUGGUGUCGUUGUUGUUUGGAAGCCUUCACCCUGCUGCCCUUCGCUUUAUGGAUGACAAGCUUCCACUGCAUGCUGGGUGUUGGUGGAGGCUGUUGCUUGUUGGGCCAUCUGUGCGGGGUGCGACCAUGGUAGCUAUCCUUGCCUGGGCAGUUUGGAAGUCAGACUUCCCAGUGGCUGAGAACAUGUGCAUCUUCUUGCUGAUUCUCAAUGGGUUUGGACUUGCAGACGUGGUGGCUUCCAUCGACGAGGUCCAUGACGAUGUGAGCGACAGUCCAUCUCCCGUGGUCUUCACUAUAGCGCAGGUCGAAGAGGAAGAUGAACGAUUGAACAGGGAGGCCGCAGAGAAAGAAGAGAGGAUCAAGCAGCUUGAAGUGCAUCUCACUCAGUGCGGCUUUGAAGCCUACACUGAAAAACUGGUAAGUGAAGGUUUCUACUCGCCGGAGCAGCUGAUGGAGCUGACUGAGGCUGAAUUAGUGGAGCUGGGCCUCAGCCCGAACGAGGCCGCGAGCUUUGAAACGAGGAUGCAAAGGUUCAACACUGGCGAUGGAGCUAAAGACUUUCUGGUUCAACUUCGCAAUCGGGGCGUUUCUACCGCCAUCCUCGAGGGCAAGUCUGAGUACGAGGUGCUUUAUGGACCUGAUGUGGGCCAGGAACUUCCAAUGCGUGAGAGGAAACUCUUCCUGCAAUGGCGGCAGGAACGUCUUCAAGGUCAAAUCUUGACUGAGGAUGUAGUGAUGUUGGGCAUGUCUGUGCGACGGGGUCCAUCCUGGUGCUAUGAUUCUGAAGACACCACCCCUGAGGAUGGAGAAGGAGAAGGUCGUGUUGUGGCCUGGCGCACUUCAGCUGACCAAGUCAGGGGAAAACCUGAGCUAGCUCCAUCGCUCUGUGGCUGGGUGCGAGUUGAAUGGCUCGUGACAGGGUACCAGAAAAAUUAUCGCCUGGGUGUCAUGGGCGCUGGUGUGACCUUCCAAAGGGACUGUGAUCUCCUGGUUGCCACGGAGGAUAGAGUCAGCCUGGCCGAAGUGCAGAAAGGACAGAUGCAACUUAAGCACCUCAGGUGCACCUUCGGGUACAAGAGUGGCGUGAAAUACCCUCACUACGCCAAGUUUGACGUUCGCAAAGAAGCCUUGGAGAAAGUCGCCGCUUUCCAACAUGGUGAUAUCGUUGUGGAUCAAAAUGAUGCAGAGGCUGCGAGAAGUGUUUGCAUCGGUUUAAAGUAUGACCCAGAAGACCGAACAGUGAAGAUGUGGUUUCAUCGCGAUGGAGCGCAAGGAGCUGGUCUUUACAGUGGUAUGGACUUGGAGAGGAACCUGAAAAUCAUUGCUCGGACGAACAUGGUUGAGACUAGACGCGAUGAGCUCGAGGCAGGAUCCGAUGCAGAGAUUGAGCAUGAUGACCGCGAGUGGGUCAGGCAGAAUCUCCAACCAACUUUGAGGUACAGAUCAAUGGGUGGUCAAAUUCUCGCUGUUGACACCAGCGCGGAGAAGGUAGCUAAGUUCAAGGUGAAGUUCCAGUCAGGGGAUGUGGUUCAGGAUGCGGAAGAUCAUGGCAGGAUGACUUUCAUUGGUGUUGCCAUGGACCCCCGGACUGCAAGUCUUGGUCUUGACUCCCGUGCAUUCAAGAGGAGAUUGGCUGGCGCAGAGCUGUGGUUCCAUGUUCAAGGUGCCCCCGGUGCAGGGGUGGUGAAACAGGGCCACAAGAUGUUGGGCCGCUACACCGUCAUCAAGAAUCAGCCCCUUCAACAGGAUGAAAUUGAAGAGACGCCUACUGAGAAGAUUGCUGCCAUCCUGGACUCCUUGGAUCUGGAGUGCGACUACCAGUUCCAAACAGGCGUGGGAACCAAUGCCACUAUGAAAACCUAUGAUGUUAGACCAGAAGUUGUCAAGAAGGUCACGGGAUGGGUCCCAGGCACUGUACUCUCUUUCGGUGGUCGUACCGACGUUAAGUUGACGCUUAUUGGACUUCGCCCCGAUGACAAUGGACGUCCAAAAGUUUGGUGGCACUUGCAAGAUGCAGAAGAAUGUCAUGCAGGAGCUGGAAUGUUGACGGGGUGGGAGACGGCGAACCUCGAGGACACAGGCCAGCGAAAAGACUUGGAGGAACUCAAGGGGGAGCUUCGUUCGAGAGCGGGACAGUCGGCUGGACCGCCGAGGGAAGCGGAAGCGCUUGCUCAGUUGCUGGCGGCGCUGCAGUCUCGAAG